CAUUGCUGCGCUCCCGCCUUUCCUCUCCCUUCUCUCCGUGUGUCUCGGCCUCGGAGCCGGCUCGGCCGGGCUGCUACCGCCGGUCUGUCCGCCCCGCUGCUCGACAUGACCUCCCCAACAUGGCCGCCCGCUCGUGCCACCUCCCAAUAUGGCGGCACGGCGCAGGCGGUCCGUGGCCGGGGCGGUGAUGGCGGCCGAGCGGCCCCGCAGCCUGUUCGCGCUGAGCGCGGCCGCCGUGAGCCGCAGCAUGGCCUCCCUGGAGCGGGACGUCUGGGCGCUACCCGGGCACCUCCUGCGGGGGCUCCUGCCGCUCCUCACUGUCUUCCAUCUCGAGCGGGCCGAGGACGCCGCGCGGAGAGCAGGCCUCUCGACACAGCCCAUCUGGCGCAAGCUGUGGGACGAUGUGAUGAAAACCAGACCGCCCAACUCGGAGAGCAUAACAUGCUGGAGGAAGAAGUUCCUUGAAACAUUCUUCUCCAACGUCCUCCACGGUGUCUUGGACGUUUCCUCUGACUGGCGCCUCAAUGACCGUCACUUUUCACCUCUGCUCCAUAGCUCCCCGCACGUUUCCCAGCUCACCCUGUGCAACAUGCUCCAGGGGGCUGUGGAACUCACUGCCGAGCACAACCACAAAGUGCUCGAAAACCUGGCUGGCUCCCUGCGGAUCCUGAAGUUCCAGCACCUCCUCUCCUGUGACCAGUCCAUCAGGCGCUCGCUGGUUUUGCUCCUUCACCGGUUGAUCCACCACGGCUCUGUCAGCCAGGUGUCCAUGUAUUCCUGGCCUGUUCCCGACACGGUUCUUCUUGUUCUCAUCCUGACCAUGAGCGCUGGGUUUUGGCGCUCGGGAAAUGCCCUCACCUGUCAUGGCAGCCCAUGUGGCCUUUGCAGAGAGGAGGACAGAGCCCAGAGCCACGAGUCAGCACAGGAGGGAGCAGAGAGGGGCUGUAAUGCUGAGCAGGAGGGGAGCAGUGGUAAGAACCAGAAGACAUCCCCAAAAGAGGCUGAUGCACACAUGGACUCUGUUCUCUCUGGCCCCAGAAGUCCUCCCCUGCGAAACCCAGCAUGUGAGGAGACAAGCAGCGAGGUGCCCUGUGGGCACACCAGCAUUCAGGGGGGUUCUUCCCCUAGUUCCAGCUCAGAACAGCUGUCCUGUCACCCCAUUCCUCGAAAGACACGCAGACGGCUGAAGCCUGCUCUGGGGAGGAAACGUCGCUGCCUCAGACGGAGCAGGGGACACUAUGCUGACCCAGAAGAUCUGUAUGAUUUUGUUUUUACUGUUGCUAGAGAGGAUAAUUCAGGGUUACUGGAUAAAACCAGGACCCCGGAGGCAGAGAAUACUGAGAACUGGACUAGUUCCUCCCCAGGAUGUCCAUGCUCUGGCCACACUGGCUGUAAGAAAAGAGGAGGACCUGCUGGAAUCCUUCCUCUGAAAGCUGCUCACCGCUUGCGAAGUGUCUCCACGCUGGAAUUGUUCUCCAUUCCUCUGACUGCGGAGACAUGUCGAACUCUGAGUAACCUGCUGAGCACCUGGGUGUCGUUAGAAAACCUGGUUCUGUCCUACAAUGGCCUGAAUGCCAACAUCUCCUGCAUCCUCUCUGGGCUCCGGGCCCUGUCCCGUCACCCAGAGUGCCGCUUCCGCACGCUCCGUGUGAGCGACAUGUUCUCCCACAUGCCAUGCCUGGAGCUCGUUCGCUGCAUCCUGAGCGCCCUUCCCCAGCUCCACACACUCUCCAUCAGCUUCGACCUCAAAAACCAGCUGGAGGGCAGCAGGCCAGAGACAAAUCCAAGCCGCAGCGAGGAAGAAAUCCCAGAAAGCUGCCUGGAGGUGCUGGAGAUCCGAUUCCCCAGGGAACCUCUGCACACUGCGUUCCUGCUGCCGGUGCUCAAGGCGUCAAAGUCCCUCCAGCAGCUGUCCCUUGACAGUGCCACACUGCCCUGCCCCCAGGAGCUCGGGCUCCUUUUGCAAGUGCUCAAAGAGUGUACUCCAAAUUUGAAGAAACUGAGCUUUCAUGAUGUGAACCUGGCUGAGCACCACAAAGAAGUUCUGCUUCUGCUUCAGGAUCCUGGCCUACAGGAAAUCACAUUUUCCUUCUGCCGGCUGUUUGAAAGCUCCACUGCUGAGUUUUUGUCAGAAAUAAUCAAUACAGUGAAAAGAAAUUCAUCGCUGAAGAGCCUCAAACUGCCUGGGAACCGCCUUGGGAAUAACAGGCUGGUUGCUCUUGCAGACAUUUUCUCUGAAGAUUCUUCCUCUUCUCUCUGCCAGCUGGAUGUCAGCUCAAAUUGCAUCAAACCUGAUGGGCUGCUGGAGUUCACAAAGAAGCUGGAAGGCCACAUCCAGCAGAGAGGGGGACAGCUUCCAUUCACGCAGCUUCGCCUGUUCCAAAAUUGGCUGGACCAGGAUGCAGAAACAGCACAAGAAGCGCUGCAGCGUCUCAAAGCUGUGUGCAGUGUGGUGAACGACGCGUGGGACUCCUCCCAGGCCUUUGCUGACUACAUCAGUGUCAUGUGAGGGACAGGAGCAGGAGGAAACCCAUCAGCUUCUGAUUUCACAGCACAAGUGGGGGAUUCUUCCCCAGCUCAAGCAGUACAGAGUUGUUCUUUUCACUCUGCUGUUCAUUUGAAGAAGGGGUGUGACACUGCCGUGACACACCAGACCACGUGGACCAACAGCUGUACGUCCAGGUGAUCUGACUGUGGUAUCUUUUAGAGUAUUAUAAAUGGCACAUACACCAAAUGAGCUUCUGAACAGUUAUUUAUGUCACUGUGUGUUGUAACAAAUUUCAUGUUGUUUCAGCUAAUGUCUCAUCAGUUACCAUCUCCAGAGUGGGAGAGACUCAAAAGCCAUCAGGUUGUGGUCCCUGGCAACCAGGUCUAGGUGAUCUUGUUUUUGAGGAGGGGUAUUGGACCAGCAUCACCUGACAUCCAACUUCAUCAUUCUGUGGUCUGUGAAGUAAGACUUCCUCCCUCCACUAAAGGGAGUAGAAAACAAGCUAACAAAGCCCCCAGGCUUGAACUUUUCCAUUCAGAAAGUUGUAAUUUAUACCAAAAAAUUCUUUAUGUACCAAGUAGCUUGCUAUUUAUUUGCAAUCACACUGCCCUUUUCCAGUGUCUGGAGUCAUUUUACAAAGGUUUUGAAUAGUUUGUUAUUUUGUAACAUUUUUAUAAUAAAAUUAUAAUCAAUAUC